UAUUAACCCCCCCUGAUUCACCUCUCUCCGCCUCUCCCUCUGUCUCGUUGCGUCUUGCUCUUCAGUUCGAUUGAAAAACCGCAACAAUCAAUCAAUCUAUCGAUCGAUCGGAAAACUAUGUCGGACGAAGAGCAUCAGUUUGAAUCAAAGGCCGACGCCGGUGCUUCCAAGACCUACCCUCAGCAAGCCGGUACUAUCCGCAAGGGCGGCCACAUCGUCAUCAAAAAUCGCGCUUGCAAGGUUGUUGAAGUUUCUACCUCCAAGACUGGGAAGCAUGGGCAUGCUAAGUGUCACUUUGUCGCCAUUGAUAUCUUCAAUGGUAAAAAGCUUGAAGAUAUUGUUCCCUCAUCCCAUAACUGUGAUGUUCCUCAUGUCAACCGCACUGACUACCAGCUAAUUGAUAUUUCUGAGGAUGGAUUUGUGAGUUUGCUGACUGAAAAUGGAAACACUAAAGAUGACCUCAAGCUCCCAACUGAUGAUGCUCUCCUGACUCAGAUCAAGGAUGGAUUUGCAGAGGGAAAGGACUUGGUGGUGAGUGUGAUGUCAGCAAUGGGAGAGGAGCAGAUCUGUGCUCUUAAGGAUAUCGGCCCAAAGUAGUAAUCUACUUCUACUAAGUCUAUAAAUGAAUCCAUAAACACUUGUUGCUUGCAUUAUCAGCAGAAUGUUUUCUGUUAUAAUAGUAGCAAUCUACUCUACCACCUGGGUUUCGUAUUACUGUUUGACUGUUAUGUUUGGGUACCAUGAACAUAAAGUAUUUUUACCUCCUCUUGUUAUUUUGGAUUAUUUGGUCUGAAAAAGAAAUUCUUAUGUUA